CUCCCUCCAGGCCCUCGCUCCCAGCCAACAUGGCGGCGCCCUGUGUGUCCUGGGGCCGGGCGCUUUUGCGUCGGCUGUCUCACGCGGUUAGGGUUAGCCUUUGCCAGAGGCCCGGGUAUUGGACAACCUCGGCGACUGACUGGCAGGCAGGUCCCAGGUCCCAGGUAUUGAAGCUAAUCCAUACCACAGUUGUAACAUCAAAGAAGAAUGUCCAAGCUUCAAGACAGGAAUCAUAUACAGAGGAUUUUAUUAAAAAGCAGAUUGAAGACUUCAACAUAGGGAAGAGACACCUAGCCAACAUGAUGGGAGAAGACCCGGAAACCUUUACCGAAGAGGAUGUUGAUAGAGCUAUUGCUUACCUUUUUCCAAGUGGUUUGUUUGAGAAGCAAGCCAGGCCAAUAAUGAAGCAUCCUGAACAGAUUUUCCCAAAACAAAGAGCAAUCCAAUGGGGAGAAGAUGGCCGUCCAUUUAAUUUUCUCUUCUACACUGGCAAGCAAUCAUACUAUUCAUUAAUGCAUGAAGUGUAUGGAAAGGUUCUCCAGCUAGAAGCGCGCAGAGGUCCACUUUCAGAGAAAACUGAGUCCAAAGACCUGAUUGGCAGCAGAUGGCUGAUUAAGGAGGAACUAGAAGAAAUGUUAGUGGAAAAACUGUCAGAUCAAGAUUAUGUACAGUUCAUCCGGCUGCUGGAAAAGUUAUUGACAUUGCCGUAUGGUCCUGCCGAGGAGGAACUCUUGCAGAGGUUCCGCAAAAGUGUAACUGUUCAAUCAAAGAAGCAGGUGAUUGAGCCCGUGCAGUAUGACGAGCGAGGAAUGGCCUUCAGCACCAGCGAAGGCAAGAGGAAGAGCGCCACAGCGCAGGCGAUGGUCUAUGAGCACGGAAGUGGGAAGAUCCACGUGAACGGAGUGGAUUAUCUGCUCUACUUCCCCGUCACACAGGACAGAGAACAGCUGAUGUUCCCCUUCCACUUCCUGGACCGGCUGGAGAAACACGAUGUAACCUGCACCGUCUCUGGGGGUGGGAGAUCAGCGCAAGCGGGAGCCAUACGCUUGGCAAUGGCCAGAGCUUUAUGCAGCUUCGUCACCGAGGACGAGAUAGAGUGGAUGAGACAAGCUGGACUACUUACUACGGAUCCACGGAUCAGAGAACGGAAGAAGCCAGGCCAGGAGGGUGCACGAAGGAAGUUCACCUGGAAGAAGCGCUAAGACUUUCACAGGAGAGCCAGGAGCACCUGUGUCUGUAUGCCUGGCUCGUGGUAGAGCACAGUCAGGUACACUGACCAAGGGCAGACAGCUCAUUUAGACAUUGUUUUUAGUUUGAGUCAUAACGUGAUUUAUUUUUAAGUGCUGUUUUAUUGUGAUUAUCAUUAAAAUAAUAAAAAAUAA